AUGGCUUCUGGUGUUGCGGUCUUUGCAGGCAAAGCUAUAGCAACAUCAGUGAUCUCCUAUAUUAUCAACAAAGCCUUUGACUAUUUGAAGGAUAACAAGACAUCUGGAGGGUUGAAGAGUACAAAGGAGAGGCUAGAGAGAGUGCUUCCACAGAUCCAGGUGGUGUUUGAUGCCGUUGACACUGAGCCAAUCAGAAAUCAAAGUGAAGCUUUGGAUGCAUGGUUGUGGCAGCUUAGAGAUGCUGUCGAGGAAGCUGAGGACGCACUUGAUGACCUUGAAUACUGCAAGCUUGAGGAGGAGGCAAAAUUGCAAGAUAACAAGGUGCGUGGCUCUCUCCAUAAGUACAAGGGCAAGGUCAUUCAACAGGUUAAUCAUGUAUUCAACUCUGGGUCAAUGAAGAGGCUGAGACGUUCUGUUAUGACUUUAGAUGAGGUUGCGGCAGGUGUAGACCGUUUUUUCCAGGUUCUCAAUCACUUAGAUAACGAUAAGAUGAAGAACCAUAAACAAGAUGUGGAAUUCAAAAACUGGCGUCAGACAAGCUCACUGUCUGAUGGCCUGCUGCUUGGCAGAGAGGAAGAGAGGAAAGUUGUAGUCGACUGGUUGACCAAGCCUGAAAGUGAUGCAGUUGAACAAAUUGUGAGCAAUCUCGCUGUAUUUUCUGUAAUUGGUAUAGGCGGAAUGGGGAAGACGACACUUGCUCAAGUUAUAUGCAAUAUUAAAGAGGUCAAAGAGUACUUUGAUUUCGUCAUAUGGGUUUGUGUUUCUCACAGUUUUGAUAUUGAGACACUAACAAAAAAGAUCCUUGAAGACGUGACCGGAGAAGGAGCAACCAUGAUUGGUCUAAAUGCGCUCCACAAGGCCCUCAAGGAGAAGUUGCAGUCCAAGAACUUUCUCCUUGUACUGGAUGAUGUGUGGAAUGAUGAGAGAGUUCAUGAUUGGGAGAAAUUUUUGCGUCCAUUGCGAUAUGGGAAGAAAGGAAGCAAGAUACUGCUGACAACUCGAAUGCAGUCCGUAGCUGAUGUUGCUGCAAGAACAGUGCAGGGUGAAUGCCAGUCUUUAAGACUGAGUGGAAUGGAAGAAGCAGACCUCCUGCUUCUUUUGAACAUGCAUGCAUUUUCUGGAGUUGAUCCUGAUGAUUACAGGAACCUACAGCAGAUCAGCAAGAAAAUGGUAAGCAAGCUUAGUGGUUCUCCAUUGGCAGCAAAAGUUCUUGGUGGAUUGUUGAACAACAACAUGGAUAGUAGCACAUGGAACAAAAUUUUGGCAUCAGGCGUUCAUAAUAUACAACAGGGUAACGAAGGGAUUAUGGCAGUGUUAAAGUUAAGCUAUCAACAUUUACCUACACAUCUGCAGGCGUGUUUCAGGUAUUGCAGCUUAUUUCAGAAAUAUUAUGAGUUCACAAAGAAAGAAUUGGUGCACUUAUGGACGGGUGCAGGACUGAUCCAACAACCGGUGGAUGACAUAAUGCCAGAGGAUAUUGGAUUGGGUUACUUAGUUACAUUAUCCAGAAAAUCUUUUUUUGACAUCAAAUCAAGGCCUUGCCUUAGUCGUGCUAUAAAAGGUAAUUUAUUUGAUGAAUAUUACGAAGAAAGAUUUGUGAUGCAUGAUCUCUUACAUGUCUUGGCCCAAUCGGCAUCAGUGAGUGAAUGCACAAGAGUUGACCUAAACUUUCUAGGUAGUAUUCCAAAAACAGUUCGUCAUAUACGCAUUGAGAUGAUAAACCCUGCUGUUGUUGAGCAGAUCUCUCAUGCAAAUAAACUGCGCACGCUACUUAUGCAUUUCGAAGACCAAGAUGAGGCACUACAAGAGCACAUCAUCAGGAAAGUGUUGCGUGUAGCGAAAAGCUUACGGGUGUUAUCCAUAACAACAAACUCUCCAUGUAAGCUUCCUAAGGCAGUGGGUGGUCUAAUGCACCUUCGCUACUUAUCUCUCAUGUGGGGUCGAAAAAGGAUGACACAUUUCGGUUGGUUUCCCAAGCCUGUGUACAAGAUUUAUCAUCUGCAAGUAAUGAAGUUUGAUAAUCCCCAACUUACAGCUCCGGAGAAAAGAGAAAUGGAGGGCGUGUGCAACCUGGUUAAUUUACGCCAUCUGCAACUAUCUUACGGAAUAAUACCAAUGAUUCCUUAUGUAGGAAAACUGACUUCUCUCGAGGAACUCCAUAAUUUCCGCAUCAAACAAGAUAGUGGUUACACUAUUGGUGAACUAAAAAAUCUGAAGAAGCUAUGUCAUUUAUAUGUUUCUGAUCUUGACAAGGUAAAAAGUGCAGAAGAAGCUGCUGAAGUCAUGUUGGAUCAGAAAGAGAAUCUGUUGGCAGUAAGGUUAGGUUGGUCCGCAAGCUCUUAUAAUUCAAGUGAGCGAAGCCAAGCUGAGAUGGUUCUCGAUAAACUACAACCACACUCCAAUUCACAUAAAUUGAAGAUUGACGGAUAUCCUGGAUCUCGAUCUCCAUGUUGGCUCCAAACAGCAGGCUGGGGUUUUCUCCCCGUAUCGAAAAAUAUAUGUAAUUGUGAAAGAUUGCAGCAUCUUCCACCACUUGGGCAGUUAGAUUCUCUCCAGUAUCUCUACAUAAUUAACUUGGCAUCAGUAGAGUGUGUGGAUUCUUCAUUUUAUGGAAAUGACAAGCCUGCUGGACUGCAAUACCUUAAGGUGCUAGAGAUCGAGAGCAUGCCAAAACUAGUGGAAUGGGUUGGAUCGGAGGGUGUGAACUUAUUCCCCAGGCUUGACACGCUAAUAGUGCGUAACUGCGAGGUGUUGAGAAGUCUGCCAAGUGUACCUAUUAGUAUUGAACAUGUUGAGAUCCAUCGUGCUGGUUUACGGGCUAUGCCAACAUUUUUUGUGAGUUCUGAUACAAAUUCAUCAGCAGCAGCAUCAUUGGACCUGGCUCUUUCGAAGCUCAUGAUUUUUCAUUGCCAAAACCUGGAAACUUUAUGGCAGGGGUGCUCUCUAUCUGCAGUCGAAGAGUUGUCCAUCCAACAAUGCGCAAGCUUGUCGUGCCUGCCGGAGGAUUCAUUUGGUUCACUUUCCUCCCUAAAAACCCUUCAAAUAGUGAAGUGCCCAAAUUUGGUGACAGGAGAGAUCAGGUUGCCCCCUACCGUGAAAACUAUCACUUUAGGGUUGUGCGGUGAUGCUGAAACACCACUACUUCAUUCAAUGAGAGGUCUUAACUUGCUGGAACGUUUGUUUUUAGAUGGUUGUCUACUGGCACAUCUCCCUUCAGAAGUGUUUGCAUGUUUGGUAGGGUUAACUGAUAUGAUGAUUAGUGAUUGUGCAAUUACAUCUCUUCCAUCAGCUGAAGCCUUUGCAAAAAUGAAAAAUCUUAUUAACAUAUGCAUAUGGGAUUGCAAAGAGCUAGUUUCAAUCAAUGGGAUCCAAGGGAUUCCAUCACUAAUGUCAUUGCAAAUCAGCGGAUGCAGCAAGAUUACUGCAGACUCGUAUGUUGAGAUGGUGGAUGACUCUACUGAUUUUCCCGGCCUUGCUUUGAAGUUGGAUGAGCUUGAUAUAGACAAUCCGUCACUCUUGCUCAGAGAGCCACUGCGAAGCAUCUCGUGUGUCAAGAAGCUUAGAAUUGUUGGUGGCGCUGAACUGAGACACUUACCUGAGGAGUGGUUACUGCAAAACCAGGCACUUAAAGAACUAGAAGUGUCUGAUGCUUCUCAUCUGAUAUGCCUGGCCCCACAAUUGGCAAAUAUGAGCUCCAUGGAAUCCUUCCAUAUAUCCAAUGCAAAAUUGAUCCAGAGUUUACCUGGCAUGCCUAUUUCUCUGAGGUAUCUACAGAUAAACAAUUGCCACCCUGAGCUAAAGAAGAGGUGCAGAAAGAACGGCGGACCUGAUUGGAUGAAGAUUGCACAUAUCUGUAACGUAAACAUUAGCUAA